AAUUAUGAACAAAAAUUUACUUAAAAUUAUAAUAAAUUUACCUGGAAUUAAUUGUAAUUCUGACAUUAACGAUGAAUCUAAUAUAUCUGAAAGUGAAAGUGCUGAAAAAGAAAUGGACAUUCAAGUUAAAUAUAAUGAUAAUUGGGAACAAUAUGUGGAACGUGUUGUAUACAUAUUAAAAGAUUGUAAAUUUGAAAAAUUGGUUAUUGUUUUGAAGUGGAUUAAUGGACAAAAAACGGUCUAUUGGGCAGAUGACGCUUACAGUCGAUAUCCUCAAAAGGUUAUCGAAUAUUAUGAAUCAAAUAUAAUUUUUAUGAAUGAUUGA